GUGACUGAGUUGAUGUGUGAAAACCCAAACCAGGAAGGAGUGGCAACGAAAAAAAUAAAUGCUUUAAAGAAAGCGAUUAAAACGAAUAGAAAGGCAGAUUGUGAAGUGGAACUUGUGUACCUCUCGAAAAAAGACCCAUACACCAAGCGUGAUAUUAAAGAUCCCGUUCAGAAUAAACACUGCAAGCAUGUGUAUGAUCGGAGUUCCGUGGAAGUUAACAUCGCCUUCUGCAGCGAGCAAGGAAAGCCAUGUUUGUGUCCAAUUUCAUCAUGCCCUAAUAAAGUAGCACUGGAAAUGGCUGAUUUGAUUCCGUAUCCGGAAUUUUUCGAUCUCGUUAAGGAUAAGGAUUAA